AUGAGCAUAUCACAGUGGUCUGAUCUUCCCAAUGAACUACUGGAAAUAAUCAUCGAUCAUCUCCACACCAAGAUAGACCUUACCCGAUUCAGCUCAGUCUGCGAGUCAUGGCGAUCCUCAGCUCUUCCUUACCGAAACAGAGUCGUUUUACCAGCCAAAGUUUCUUACUUGGGUCCAUCCCAUCUCCAAGAAAGUUCUCUGCUACUCACCGAGUCCACAGUCUACCAUCUCUCUCCACUGGAGAGCUGUGCCAUGGCUUCCACCUCGAACUCCAGUCCAUCGGGUUGGAUAGUCAAGAUCAAAGAAAAUCAAGAACUGGGUCAGCAACUUCAUCUCAUAAACCCUCUCUCCCCACUCCGAGUUCACCCCCUGCCUGACUCGUUCCCCAAGGUACUAAACUCGUUACAGUUCCGAGUCUUUGAGCUGACCAAGUCUUACACUCUACAAUACUCUAACCUCAACCACUGUAACUACAAAGUGGCUUUGAACCCAAACCAAGAUUGCCCGUCUCUCAUGGUUGUCGCAGCUGGGGUUUUAUGGCACUUGAAACUAGGCCAAGAUAGGUGGACUGCCAUAGAUGACAUGGAGUCUCAACUCUCCUACGAAGAUGUCAUUGUCUACCGAGGAAAGUUCUGUGCUGUUGAUGAGUUUGGGAGAGCUGUGGUUGUUGAUUCUGAUCUGAAGAUCACAGAGAUUGCUUCUGUGAUUUCAGGUGGGGCUGGUGACAAGAAGAAUUUGCUGGUGUUUAAUGGGGAGCUGCUUUUGGUGGAUAGAUAUCUAAGCAAGAAACAUAAUUAUAUGUAUUAUAAUAUAGGAAGAAGAACUAGUAGUGUUAAGGUGGAAAAAUUCAGACUUUACAAGCUGAAUCUGGACCAAGAAAGAUGGGUUGAGAUAGAAAGCUUAGGUGACCAAAUAUUGUUCUUGGGUGAAGAUUGCUCAUACAUUACAUCUGCCAAGAAUUUUAGUGGAUGUAGAGGAAACUGCAUAAUCUAUUGUGAUCCUGAGUUCAAAGUGUACAACUUGGAUUACCGGAGCUUUGCACCAGUGAAUCAACGGCCGGAAUACAUAAACAUCUUCAACCCAUUUACGCCUCCUCCACCGCCGCACUAUGGACCACGCCACAGCAACGGUUCUUCAGGCAAACGCUUGUGUAUAUAG